UCUCUCACAAAAUUUUGUAAUGUUUGCGGUUUAGGGUUUUGCUUGCUGAUCUUAGUUUAUAGUGGGGGAAGAAGGGAUCGCUGUUUAGGAGAAGAAUGGAGGAUUCGGCUUCUAAGAUGGCGAGCUACCCCGCCACCCACCUCGAGCCACUGAUGAAAAGCUUCUCCUUCGUCCCUCCAGCAUCCGUUCCCGCAAUUAUCGAAUGCGUCCUUGCCUCAUCCGUGCUGUCCGUCUCCAAUCUAUUCUCCUUCCUUCUCAAAUCCUUUACAGACUUCGACGAGGGUUGUCAAUCAAAUUUCAUACUGUGUUACACCAGUGCGCUUUGCCACCUUAUAAAGAAAGAUGGAUCUCCACCCGAUGCCAUGAACCAGUUUAUUUCGACGUCCUUCAUCCCGCUACUGAAAGUGAUUGACCCAAGUAACUCUGAGCUUUUGAACGAGACGGAGGAAUUGGUGUAUCAUUUGGUCUUUGAAACUGGAUCAUGGGAGCUUUUGGAUAAAACUCUGGUGCCUUUUUGUGUUAGUUCGGUGGGCUUUGGCGUUGGAACAACGUUGAAAGAUGAUAUGGAUGCAGAUAAGCAGUUUGCUGAAAACUCUUCUGAAACUCUGGGGACUCUACCAGGGAUGAUUGCAUUAGGAGUUCUGAGAUCUUUGCUAGAUUUUACUCUGAGAAGAUGGAAUGGGUUUGCAUCUUCCGAGCGGAAGAUUCUAAAUUUUUCGAAUUCUUUUGUUGCUUUUAUUGUGAAUCUUACGGGGCAGCUGUCGAACUUAGCUCUUUGGUUGCUCAAUUGGUCUGCAGAGGACCGCUUGCAUGCCAUUCACUUGAUUAUUCCUGUUGUCUUAAGGUCCCUUAACAUGCUUUCUGCAUUCAAAAUUUUGGAGCAUGAACCCCAGCACUUAAUUUCUAGAGCACAUUUUUUGGAGAAGAUGUGGCACAGUUGCGCUUCUCUGUUUAAACUUGGGAAUUUAGAAUGCCGCGAUUGCCGAGAUGCAUACCGGAUGCUUUCAUUGUACUUCUUGUCAUUCAAUGAUUCCGGAGGUGAUGUAAAGCUUGCGGAGAUCAACAUUGAGGAAGACCUUGAUCUUAGAGGCAAUGCAAUAUUUUGGGAAAAAGUGCAGUCAGGAUUGGUUGACAGAGAUUCUUCUGUGAGGAAGAUGGCUAUAUAUAUUUUGAAAUCACUGAUCAACUAUCAUUAUUCUUCCUUAUCAAGCAGAAAUAAUCAAUGCAUUUCUAAUUCUUUAGAACUGGCUGCUGAUGCCCAAAAAGUUGAUAUUAUAUUACAGGAUCGGAACACAUCACAUGAUGGUUCCACAAAGAGGGAAAAGUGGGCUGAGAAGGAAGCUAAAUCUUUGGGUGUUGGAAAAGUCAGCCAUUUUGAUGGAGUUUGUUUGAAUGGCCUCCAAAGAUGGAAGGUAUUUGUACUGCUUUAUGAAAUGCUUGAAGAGUAUGGCACACAUUUGGUCGAGGCUGCCUGGACUCAUCAGGUUUCAUUAUUAUUUCGAUCAUUCCCAUCGAAAUAUGAUCAAAUUUCUACAACCGCAGAUGUUUAUUAUAGUCAGAUGGAAACUCUAGAUGGUAUGGUAAGCUGGUUAGCUGUUUUAUGGGAGCGUGGAUUUUUUCAUGAAAAUCCUCAAGUGAGAUGCUUAAUCAUGGAAUCAUUUCUGGGCAUUGAUUGGAGUAGGUAUGAAAAUCUCGCACAAAAAGUGCCUAGAAGUUUCAUACUUGGCCCUCUUGUUCGGGGUUUAAAUGAUGCCGUGCAUCACAAAGAUUUUGGUUUAAAAGGUGUUUAUAUGUCCGGAACAAUUGAAGGCGCUUCCAAAUAUUUUAAAAGUUUUUCUUGUGGGUUAUCUGUAAGUGAAUGCUCAUCACUUGCUUGGAGUUUAGCUUCUGUUGCUAGACAUGAGUCAUGUGGUCGAGCUGGAUUGAUGACGCUGGCCUUCUGUAUUUCUUCAACUAGUUGUCAUUCGAAGGCAAAUGAAAGAAAGGAAAAACAAUGUUCAAAUGGAUGCUGUGAGGUUGAAUUUGCUUAUUCUGCUUCAAAUAAUGCUGUGCACACUAGUGCUGUUGAGUUGCUUGAUGCUUUAAGAAUUGUAAUUUCAAGAAGCAAACAACACUACAACCCUAAUUAUCGUUUACAAGUCUGUGAACAGAUUCUUAAGGCUGCAUCUUCGUUGAUAAUCAUCAAUGAUGUUUCGCUCGAGGUUUUUCUUCAUUUUCUUUCAGCAUUUCCCCGAGAAUUUAUUGAUAUAACUGGUCCUUUAAGACACAUAUUGCAAACAUGGAUGGCUAAAAUAAGUUACGAGGAUAGAAACAUUGGGCUAAUUGACAGCCGAAUAUAUCUUCUGAAGAGUCUUUUAUAUUUUCCUUCAUGUUUUAUCCGGCAUAAGCUUUCAUCUGAUGAUUCUGUGUCUUUUGAUGAUGACGACAUAGAGCGUUGGUUAGUUGAGGCGCGAAGAUGGGCCUGGGUGCUUUUUCUUAUAAUUAGAGACGAGCAAGAACUAGUUCCUUUAUUUGAGUUUUUUAAGAACUAUUGUGGCAACCUUUGCAAAGAUACUUCUACCAAGUGGGUUCGUAUCAAGCUUCUCAUUCUUCUUUUGUGCUUAAAUGAAGAAUCUCAAAUUGUUUGGAAAAAGCUUCUGUUCCACCGUGAAACUGUGGCUGGGACUGAGGUUACCAUGAAUUUGGAUGAAUCCUCUAUUAUUGCAGCACUGACGGCAUCAGAAAAAAUUGCGGUGCAAUUGCUUCUUCUAAGGGAUGAAGUUCUUUACUUUGCGAGACUAGUUUCACCCAUAUUCUGGUCGAGUUCUUUAGUCAAGGGGAUUGAGCUACCGUCUUCUGUGAGAGGAAAGCUUGGAGGUCCAACUCAAAGGCGGUUAGCUACCCCUACGACCACUGCUGUACUGCAGUCUAUUGUGGCUAUGAGGACCAUUGCUAGUAUAGCAUCUGUGUUUCCUCUGAUAAAAGACGAUACCUGGGAUCUAUCACGUACAUUCUCUUGGGAGUUUGUUUGGAAAGCUGUUCGGUUUCUACCUUGCAAAUCAGAGACUGGAUCAGAGCUUUGUUUAGCAACAUAUGAAGCAUUAACUUAUGUCCUGAAGACAUUGUCUGCCAGCUUUGGUCUAUCAGACUUCUCCUUUUUGAUGGAUUAUAAUGCGUCUGAGCUUCCAAAUGGAGAAAGAAAACCACUCUUAGAUCACCUAAUUCUUAGCUUUCUCAGUGGUAUAAAUGAAUUACUUUCUCAUGGUCUUUUGACUCGGAGCCGACAAGCUAUUUUGAUGGAUUGGAAGUGGAAUUGUCUGGACUCUCUUCUGUCCAUUCCUCGCAACUUUUUUGAAAAAGGAAUCCAUAUAGAGGAUGGGUGUCCUUUCUUUUCAGAUUCAACCCUACUACAUGCUUUGGCUGAUAUAUGUGAGAGCCUUGAAACUGGCGGUGAAAAUUCUGUUUUGUCCAUGUUGAGAUCGUUGAGGUUGGUUUUAGGUCUUUUAUGCUCCGGUAAAGUUGGUUCAAUUGUUUCUUGUCAUGGAGUAAAUUCUCAGAGGAUGUUACAAUUGGUCAGAUCUUGUUGGAUUCUAAAUCUUAGUCUCAACAAGCGGAGGGUGGCGCCUACUGCUGCACUUCUUUCUGCAGUGUUGCAUGAAUCAGUCUUUUGUGACCUGGCCAUGCAUGAAAUGAAUGGUGACAAGAAGGGGCCCUUGAAAUGGUUCAUUGAAAAUCUAAUUGAUGAAGGCACCAAGAGUCCUCGCACUAUGCGUCUUUCUGCUUUGCAUCUGACAGGGUUAUGGCUUUUACACCCAAAAACACUCAAAUAUUAUAUUAAAGAAUUGAAAUUGAUGUCACUAUAUGGCUCCGUGGCGUUUGAUGAGGAUUUUGAAGCUGAAUUAAGUGAAAAUAACGAAGCCAAAAUGGAGGUUUCAUUGUUAGCUCAAAGUCCUGAUCCUGAGUUGACCAAAGUAUUUAUCAAUACCGAGACAUAUGCUCGAGUAUCUGUUGCUGUACUCUUCAACAAGCUUUCCCAAUUUAUAAACAGAGGUGGAAAACUAAAGAAAGAGGAUUCGGAAGCUGCUCUUCAUUGUGGAAAAAUUUUUUUAAUAGAACUUCUUGAUUCUGCGGUAAAUGAUAGUGAUCUAUCAAAAGAAUUGUACAAGAAGUUCAGUGGUGUUCAUAGGCGGAAAGUUCGUGCUUGGCAGAUGAUUUGCAUUUUAUCUCCUUUUGCUGAGGAUGACAUCGUUGAAAAAGUUACUUCUAAUUUGCAUAUUUGCCUUUAUAGGAACAAUUUACCAGCUGUGCGACAGUACUUGGAGACUUUUGCAAUUCAGAUCUACUUGAGAUUCCCAAAAUUGGCUGAAGAGCAGCUAAUUCCAAUAUUCUAUGACUAUAAAAUGCGGCCACAGGCUUUGUCUUCAUAUGUUUUUGUAGCAGCCAAUGUAAUCCUCCAUUCAAGAGAAUUAUCAGUUCAGAUGAAACAUUUUUAUAAUCUAUUGCCGCCUUUGAUUCCAUUUUUAACUUCCCAUCAUCACAGUUUGCGAUGCUUUACUCAGUUGCUCGUUUAUCAAGUAUUGUGCAAAUUAUGGCCUUCCCUUAGAGAUUGUAAAUCAGGAUUCAAGUCAUUGGAGGAGAGAUGUUUUGAGGAUAUGAAGUUGUACUUGGCAGGAAAUGUAGACUGUAUGAGGCUAAGGACUUCGAUGGAAGGCUUUCUUGAAAAUUUUGAUCCCCUUGCUUCUGCAACGCCGGCUGGAGUAUUUAAUUCCCGGAAUAAGGGAUCUGAGUUUGAAUGUGUUCCCGUUUCUCUGAUGGACUCGGUGAUGAACUUCUUAAAUGAUGUGAGGGACGAGCUUCGAUAUUCCGUCGCUAUAGAUGAGAAAACUAUCAAGAACGAGAGCUUAACAACAAAUGGUACUUCUGAUGGGAUAUUCAGUUUGAAUGAGGCGUCACUUAAGCAAACCCGCAAUGACCUUACUACAGACUUCCAGAAGAAAAUUUCUCUUAAAGGACUUGAGAAGCAGCCAGCAUAUGAUAAUCAAUCCUAUCUUACAAAUUCAAAGCUGUCCACAGUCCUUUCAGAAUUGGAAUUGGAAGACCAGCUUAUAGGUUCAGCGAUUCAAGCAAGAAAAGAAGUUACAGAAAAGAUUAGAGAAAGUCAACAACAAAUAAUUCUUGUUGCGUCGUUGCUUGAUCGAAUUCCCAAUCUUGCUGGGUUAGCAAGGACAUGUGAGGUGUUUAGAGCAGCUUGUCUUGCUAUUGCUGAUUCAAGUAUUAUGCGGGACAAACAAUUCCAGCUUAUAAGUGUAACAGCUGAGAAAUGGAUACCCAUCAUAGAGGUUCCAGUUUCCAGCAUUAAAGCUUUUCUAGAGAAGAAGAGGAGAGAAGGUUUCUCCAUUUUAGGCUUGGAGCAAACUGCAAAUAGUACGGCGCUUGACAAGUUCGUCUUCCCAAAAAAAUCGGUUUUAGUGCUGGGAAGAGAGAAGAUUCCUGUAGAUAUUAUUCAUGUUUUAGAUGCUUGUGUUGAGAUUCCUCAGCUGGGUAUAAUCAGAUCUCUCAAUGUUCAUGUUAGUGGCGCAAUUGCUCUAUGGGAAUACACUCGCCAGCAAAGGAGCAUACAGCAAUGAUCCGUUGAUGGAAAUGUGUCCUAAUCU